AUGUGGGCCAGAGGUUGGACCUACCACCAAAAAAUUCAACCUGGUUACUUACGAUUUCAAAACGCAAAGAAACCUCGACCUUUUUGCUUAUUUGAGUCUAAUAGAAUUUCUAUAUCAAGGGUUAUGGUCAUUGAUAAAGAUAGAACUCUUUUGGAUCGAUAA